AUGGAUCUUUUUGGAGAUUCUGACGACGAACUCAUUGAGUCAGAAUAUGAGGAAGAAGUUGUAAAUGAUGCCGAUAGCGAGAACGAUGAUACGGAAGAUGAGGUGGAUGCAGAAGUUGAUGGCGAAGCAGGAGUAGGCGAGGGUGACCCGAAAUGGAAGUCGAAAGAUGGAACCGAAUGGCUCAAGGUUCCACCCCAGCCGAAGUCGAGCGGAAGAACCCCUAAGCAGAACAUCAUACAUGGUAUUGUAGGUAUCACACCAUACGCCACAUCACGGAUUAAGGACGAAACGUCUGCGUUUAAGCUUGCGUUUGUUGACCACACAAUCAAGGAAAUGCUACUGCAUACAAAUCAAAAAGGACGUGAAAAGCAAGGAGAGGAGUGGGCAGAGAUGGACUUGGUCGAGCUUGAGGCGUUUAUUGGGCUUAUGAUCCUUGCUGCCGUAUUCAAGGGCAAUAAGGAGGCCCUCGAAGGGUUAUGGGCUGAGGAAAUGGGACGGCCAAUUUUCCGGGCAACCAUGCCGUUAAAGCGGUUCCGGACGAUUCAUGCGAUGCUACGGUUCGAUGACAAGGCCACCAGGAGCUCGAAGAAAGGUUCUGGUAUACUCAACGUCUGGAAUCCUUGGGUCGACCAACAGGCAUUGCUUUUUCGCCCAAAUGAGAGUAUCACAAUUGAUGAGCAGCUGUACGGCUACCGGGGACGGGUUUUUUGUAAGGUUUUUAUGGACAAGAAACCUGACAAGUACGGCUUCAGGAUCGAUCACGCCACAUGCAGCGCAACAGGAUUCGUUCUGAAGUCACAGCUAUAUCUUGGCAAAAGCAGUGACAAUCGUUCCAAAAACGUCAGCGAAACCACUGUCUGCAACCUGGUGCUGAACGCAGGCUACGAAGGUAGAAACGUGACGACGGACAACUAUUACACGUCAGCUAGCUUGGCCGCAUCACUCCUGAAAAACGCGAUGACCUUAGUGGGGACAUUGCGGAAGAACAAACGCUGCAUUCCACCCGCAUUGCUGGACCUCAAGGGCCGGUCAGUAGGAUCCUCGUUGUACGCUUACAGCGGCACCGAAACGAUCCUGUCGUACGUUCCUAAAAAGAACAAGAACGUGCUGUUGCUAAGUACAUUACACACGGACCUGCAACAGGACAACGGACAGAAGCCCAGCAUCAUACACUUCUACAACUCCACAAAAGGUGCGGUUGAUACGGUUGACCGACGUAUUGCGUCAUAUUCAGUUAAGCGUGCAACCCGAAAUUGGAUGGUCGUUAUUGUCUCCGACAUGAUAGAUUUAAGUCUGAACAACGCGUACAUUUUGUACAACGCUGUUUUUCCAGGUCAAUACGUUACGAAGAAUGCUGGAAAAAGGCGAUUUCUUCAAGAGCUUGGAAAUCGUUUAAUCGAUGCCCACAUUGUGCGACGACAGGUACUACCUAGAGGUGUACUUGCUGCUACCGUUGUGAGGGACCGAAAGCGUAAAGCUAAUGAAUCGACACAGUCUUUGGAAGCAUCCGAGGGCACAUCCGGUGGCAACUUGAAACGAGGAAAAAAGCGAUGCGCACUUUGCCGUGGCAAUGAUAAUAAGUAUCGGGCUGAGUGCUCGAAUUGUCACAAAACGCUCUGCUCCAAACACUCGAUCGUCUUUUGCACUUACUGCAAGGAUGACUAAGCUCUAAUCCCGCGCGAACUAAAUGCUGAUGAUAAUCAUUGAUAAUAAAGUUGAAUUACCCCAAAUCAAUGAAAUGAAACCACAAAAGAACGAAACUUCCACAAUUAUUAUUUCAAAUAGUAGAUAAAUCACUAAAUACUAUUGAAAUCUUCUCCAUUCGAAAGGCCAGUUCCAGAGUGACCAGAU